AUCUUGUCAUCAUUGGGAACGAAAUCGGGACUGACGCUGAACACGUAGAAUUGUGUGAUUUAUUAUGUGAACGCGUGUUAAAUAAAUAACGUUAGCUCUGUGAUGUUAGCUAGCACAGUAAGGCUACAGAGCCAAGCCCAUCGCGGCUGUCAGUGUUAUCAGGAAUCUGAAUGAUGGAACGAGGGAGGUUUUACAACAUUAAGGUUUUGACUGCAGACAAGACUGUAAAAAGCUGUUUAUGCUGAUUUAGACUCUGUUAUGUUAGCAGGUGAUGCUAAGGUUAAAUAACCGUGAAAGGCUUCUGGUAAUUCCUGGCUGGUUUACAGACACCUGCUUUAUAACACAGUAGUUAGGCCUGUAUUAAGGUUUCAAGUCGCUACCAAUUUCAGAAAUCAUGACUAGGUAUGCCUUCCUAUGUACGUGUCAGAUUAAGGAAUAUGAAUUAUGCUGUUUUGCUGUCGGUGAGCCAUUUGUCCAUAAAGGCCAUUGUUGUGAUGUAACAGUUUCUAAUUCAAAAUGCCACAGUUUUGUGAUAGACAAAUUUAGUUAAGUGCGAAGUAAUGGCAACACUGAUUCUGAUAGGCUUACACAAAGACAGAAGUGUAUUAAACGUGGCACAGAGCCAUUUCCUCGGCCUGUUCCUGGAUGUAAUCUGGAAAUCUGUUUCCACACAUCAUCUGGAGGUUUGUAUUUGUGUGUGUGUGUGUGCUUUGUGUGCUGUAGUUUUCCCUUGGAGUCCCAGCAGCCAUGAAGCUUCGACUGCACUUUGUGGUGGACCCCAUGGGCUGGCUGUGCAUCAGUGUGGUGUUUGGGAUCUGGCUCUACAACACUUUCUUUAUUCCUAAACUGGUUCUAAUACCACACUACAAUGAAGGACACAUCCCUUGGGCCAUAGUUGUUUGUUAUUACAUAGCAUCAGCUCUCUGCAUAGCAGCCCUGUUCAGAGCUUCCACAGCAGAUCCCGGCCGUCUUCCUGUGGACCCCCACAUACCUCACUCAGAGCGAGAGCACUGGGAGUUGUGCAAUAAGUGCAACCUAAUGAGACCCAAAAGGUCCCACCACUGCAGCCGUUGUGGCCAUUGUGUUCGCAGAAUGGACCACCACUGUCCUUGGAUCAAUAACUGUGUGGGAGAAGACAACCAUUGGCUCUUCCUGCAGCUCUGUUUCUACACUCAGGUCCUCAGUUUGUUCACCCUGGUGCUGGACUUCUGCCAAUACUAUUACUUCCAACCACUGACAGGACUAGACCAGGAGAAGUUUACAACACGCCAUGAACUGGCUCUUCUGCGAGUCUCGGCGCUCAUGGGUUUGGUCAUGUUUGGUGGCAUGUCUACAUUAUUUUACACUCAGAUGACGGGCAUCCUCUCUGACACUACCACCAUUGAGAAAAUGGCUCAUUUCUCAAAUGAAAUCUUUGGCUCAAAGAGAUCCUGGCAGUGGGCACUUGCUGAAGUUUGCGGCACUCACUGGAAACUCCUGUGGUUCAUCCCGCUUCGAAGCAGGCAGCCGCUCCAAGCCAGUCACCACUUCCGCACUCACGUGUAGGCCGGUAACACUACAGCACCUCCAGCCUGCACAGGUGGUAGGGCUGCCAUGAUGAAACACUGUAUACACACUUACGAAUCCAUCUGCUCGCCUUCAACCAUCCUCUGUUGUGCUAGGAGAGCUGGGCAAGUUCAUAAGUGGAUGCUCUUUUUGUUUAUUUUUCUCUAUUUUUUAUUUUUUUUUGCCUUUCUCUUCAAGACCAAGACUGACAGUAAUCAGGGUCAAGAAACACCUAAAGGAGUGACAGGAAACUUUUUUUUUUUUUUUUUUUACUCACUGUGACUGCUACUUUCAGCAUUUGGAAACCACAUUUAAUGGCUAAUUGCAUCAAAAGGAUGGAAGUCUUCACUUGGAAGCAGCUGGCAAAAGGGACCCCUCUCAGGUUACUUUCAUAAAGAGCCUUCACUACUGACCUUUAAUCAACUACAGACAGAACUAGGGUAACUUCAGUGUGUCUAUUGAAAGGCAAUUUUUGUAUCAGGUUUGUGCCUUUUUUCUUUUCACUACGUCCUUUUUAUUUGUCAAGUAUGAGCAGGUUUUUUUUCUGUUUUGUUGAUCUUCCAGUUUGGAAGAUAUCUGUGAAGAUUCUCAGUCAUCCAGGUAAUGGUAUAUCUAAAUGCUAUCGAAGGGCAACUGGGCUUCCUUGAAGUUCUUGAAGAUCUCAGUCAAAAUGCCUGGGACUUUCCCGCCAGUCAGUCAGAACUGAAAAAGCCUCUUGGAUGAGAGGUGAAACGUCUUGAAGAACUUAAAGCAAGUCCAGUUGCCUUCCUAUUGCUUUUAGAUAUUCCCGUUUGGAAAUUUCUUGUGGCUAUCAAAGGGAUUUGGCGUUAACUGAAUUCCUGCCAUAGUUGUUUGAUGAUUUGUGAAUGUUUUAUUGUUUUUUGCACUGUUUACUGAAUAUUUUAUCGAUCAAGUUAUGUUUUAUUGAACAGGGCCACAGAACAAAGUUCAAACUUUGAAUAAAUGACCAGUCGGAUGUAAAACAAGCAAGCAGACAGUUAACGCUUCACUAUGCCGUGGUAAAAGUCUAUAGGAUCAACCUUUGCCCCUUUGUAAAACCAUGUUGUAUAUCAAACAUUUCCUGUUGUAAUAUCCUCAUGGAAGGGGUUCGGGUGUCACAUACUAUCAUCAAAAGUCACCCUGUAUAUCUUAAAAGAAUAGACAUUUUGGGAAAUACACUUUCUUUAGUUGGAUGAAAAGAUUGAUACCACUCCACGUCUGUCUGCUAAAUACACUCAUCACCUAUGAGCCUCUAGAAGUGUGUGAAGUGUGUCGGAAGAGACCUUGUCCUCUGUUUGUAUGUCUGUAAUUUAUUAGUACUUUGCUGUGCCAGGACAAUUCAUGCCUUCAGCCUUCGCGGAGUGGUGUUUAGCCAAUAACAAUGCGAGGUCGGGACAGGUGCGAGAGCCGAGAGGCGGGAGCCGAGAGGCGGGCCUACGCUGCACUGCGGCCUGCACUUCAGCUGUAUUGACACAAAAUGCAGAAGGCUGCGCAGAGGUUUGGGUGUGUUUGACACCGCGACCCCUGCAAAACUUCUAACAUUUAGAAAGAAGCCAAAGAAGCGUAUUUCCCAAAAUAUCAAACUGUUUAGCUGAAAUCUGCUCUCUCAGCCAUAGUACUUAGGUGAAAUGACCUUUGAACACAUCUUUAAUUUUAGUAAUUGAGACAGUAUAAUUUGUGAGUUAUACUUAUUGUAAACUUGUUAUUUUAUAGCUGCGGCUGUAACAGUUAGGUCUUAAAUGUGUCUAAACAAGUGGCUUUAUGAUCUUUAUACAAAAACUAGCAGAUUAAUCUAUAUGUGGUGAUACACAGCUACUUAACACUUGACACGCUGAGAAUUUAUUUGUGCUGGUUUUGCUGUACCACUGUGGUGGGUACUGUUUAGAGAUUUUAUCAAAUUCUAUGACAGGAUAGACAGGAUACCUAAGGAUAAUAUGAUUGAAUGGCAAUACUAGAAUAGCGUGGCUGUCACUAUCUAUAAUGUUUGGCAGUCCCAUGGCUAAACCUGUACAUUAGCAAAGCUUUGCCAUGUGUGGGAAUACAAGACAAUAUCCAAGUAGUUUUAAGUGCCUUUCUAGGUCUUCUUUUUACCCUCACAUUACAUCCCAUCAUAUUGGUCUCUGUAAAAGCCAAAGACUUGGGGAAAUGUUGCAAUAGUCAAGAAGCGUUCAGUCAGUGCAUGUUUCACCAAAUUUCUGAAGGUAGCGGUUCAAUCUUAUGCACUGAUUUUCACAUUAGCUCACAGUCCAUUUUACUGCAACAGUGAAUACUCCUGAAAGGAAGUUUUUACUUGCUGUUCUUUUAUUUGAUGUGUUUCCUCUCUUUUAUUCCUAUCUUUAAUCCAAUUGUUCGCAUUUGCAUGGGUGUUUGUUGACGAAUUUGCUCAGUGGGUUUUAGAACUCAGAUUCGUGUUCUUGGAUGUUUGUGUGACUAAGUAUUAUAUUUUUUGAUGGUGGGAUAAAGGGUAGGAUGUGUGUGAUUGCCAUUAAAGAAGAAAAGAAGAGGCUAAUGAUAAAUUACGUUUACCUUUUUUUUUAUUUGCAAAUAAUUUUUGAAAGCAAUAAGCAUUAUGUAUCCAUGAAGCCAUUCUUAUUAUAACAACAGUGGUGAAAAUCUGAUAUCUUUUGUGAAGAAUAUAAACUGGGUGGAUGACUGUCACUCAUUACUCACUAACCAGUGAUUAGGCCUACCUGACUGAAGAUAUUUGUCAAUACUUCAGUAUACCUUAGCCAGGAUGAACACUACUGUAGCUGCUGUGUAUAGUUUUACAGAAUAUCUUCAAUUGUCAACGUGUCAGCUUCGACACCUCGUGCUGACAGAAACAGAAGAUAAGGAAGACUUGAGUUUGUUUGAUUUGAAUCAAGAGUUGCCAGAGACUGCAGGCGCGAGCAUUUCCUCACAGCUAUUACCUUAUCUGGCGUCCCCCAGGGCUCUCACUUUGGAUUUGUGCAUUUUGUUGUUCAUUUGCUGUUUUUUUUUGGUUUUUUUGGAAUGUGUUUUCAAGCUUUAUGUUGUUUAUUCAGACCUCAAACACUGGAAGUUACAUUUUGUGAAUUAAAUUAAUACACCACAAAUAUAUUAUCCAUUUCUUUAUAUGCCUAGAAAGCCUGUGUAAAAUGUCAGUUGUGAUUUUAGAAAAUAUCUUAGGGACUCAUAUUCGAAUAAAAUUAGAUUCUGGAUAA